CAUAGGGCCUGGGGAAUGCCUGUACGGUCUCAGGAGGGCCUGGGGGUGUUUAUAGGGCCUUAGGAGGCCCUGAGGUUGCCUAUAGGGCUUGGGAGGACCUGUAGGGCCUUAGGAGGGCCUGGGGGCGUCUGAGGGGUUUUAGGGGUGCCUGUAGGGCCUGGAGGUGCCUGUAGGGCCUGGAGGUGUCUAUAGGGCCUUAGGAGGACCCGGGGGUGCCUAUAAGGCCUCAAGUGGGCUUGGGGGUAUUUAUAGGCCCUUAGGAGGGCCUUAGAGUGCCUGUAGGGCCUAUAGGACCUGGGAGGACCUGUAGGGCCUAUAGGGCCUUGGGAUGCCUGAAGAGUGCAGCCUCCCAAUGGGGUAUUUGUAGGGCCUGGAGGUGCCCAGGAGUGCAGCCCUUUGGGGGGAGGGGGGUGUUACCCAGAGGGUACAGCCCUUCAGGCAGUGCCUAUAGGGUCUUUGAAGGGGGCUCCCCGGAGGCUCAACAGUGCCUAUAGGGCCUGGGAGGUUCUCUGCAGGGUGCAGACCUUAGGGGAGAGGGGCUGUGGGGCCUGUGAGGGGGCUGAGGCCAUUUGGAGAGGCCCCUUGGGAAAGGAGUGAAGGCUUUGAGGGGUGGGUGGAUCCUCCACGUCGGGCACCCCAGGGGAACUCCCCAUAAGGAGGGAAGGGAGUGGAGCUGCAGAGACCCUCGAGGAGCCCCAGGCUGCAUUCCCUGCAGGGGGUGACGCACCAGGGGACCCCGCCAGGCCCUCCCCUGCUGGGAACGUGGCCCCAGGCCCUGCAGGGGGAGCAUGGCCUGGGCGCUGAAGCUGCCGCUGGCAGAUGAGGUGAUCGAGUCGGGGCUGGUGCAGGACUUCGAUGCCAGCCUGUCAGGCAUUGGGCAGGAGCUGGGAGCAGGAGCCUACAGCAUGAGCGACGUCCUGGCGCUGCCCAUCUUCAAGCAGGAGGAGUCCAGCUUGCCUCCAGAGAACGAGAACAAAAUUCUGCCCUUUCAGUACGUGCUGUGUGCAGCCACGUCGCCUGCUGUGAAGCUGCACGAUGAAACGCUCACCUACCUCAACCAAGGGCAGUCCUAUGAGAUCCGCAUGCUGGACAACAGGAAGAUCGGGGAGCUGCCCGAGAUCAAUGGGAAGCUGGUGAAGAGCAUUUUCCGGGUGGUUUUCCACGACCGACGGCUGCAGUACACAGAGCACCAGCAGCUGGAGGGCUGGCGCUGGAACCGGCCUGGGGACAGGAUCCUGGACAUAGAUAUCCCCAUGUCCGUGGGCAUCAUUGACCCGAGAGCCAAUCCCACUCAGCUCAACACCGUGGAGUUUCUGUGGGACCCUUCAAAGAGGACGUCAGUGUUCAUCCAGGUGCACUGCAUCAGCACUGAGUUCACCAUGCGGAAGCACGGCGGGGAGAAGGGAGUGCCGUUCCGGGUGCAGAUCGACACCUUCAAGGAGAACGAGAACGGGGAGUACACAGAGCACCUGCACUCAGCCAGCUGCCAGAUCAAGGUGUUCAAGCCCAAAGGAGCCGAUCGGAAGCAGAAGACUGACCGUGAGAAGAUGGAGAAGCGCACCCCGCACGAGAAGGAGAAGUACCAGCCCUCCUAUGAGACCACCAUCCUCACCGAGUGCUCUCCAUGGCCUGAGAUCACCUACGUCAACAACGCGCCGUCCCCCGGCUUCAACAGCUCCCACAGCAGCUUCUCCAUCGGGGAAGGGAACGGGUCUCCAAACCACCAGCCUGAGCCCCCGCCUCCGAUCGCAGAUGUAAGUCACACUUCAGAGCUUAUGCUUGGGAACCUCCUGCCCACCAGCACUCCCCAGGAGGCCCAGCAGUGGCUGCACCGGAAUCGCUUCUCCACGUUCUCCCGUCUGUUCCGGAACUUCUCAGGUGCAGACUUGCUGAAGCUGACCAGGGAAGAUGUCAUCCAGAUCUGUGGCCCUGCAGAUGGCAUCAGGCUCUUCAACGCACUGAAAGGACGGAUGGUGCGGCCCCGGCUGACCAUCUACGUGUGCCAGGAGUCCCAGCAGCUGCAGGAGCUGCAGCAGAAGCAUGAGGACGGCGACGCAGUCACCAGCACCUUCUUUGUGUACCACGCCAUCUAUCUGGAGGAGCUGACGGCGGUGGAGCUGACAGAGAAGCUGGCUCAGCUCUUCAGCAUCUCCUCCCAGCAGAUCAGCCAGAUUUACAAGCAGGGUCCGACGGGGAUCCACGUGCUGAUCAGCGACGAGAUGAUUCAGAACUUCCAGGAUGAAUCCUGCUUUGUUCUGGACACCAUGAAAGCUGAAACCAACGACAGCUACCACAUCAUCCUGAAGUAGGAGGGGACGGGAUGAGGAACAGCCACAGUCCUCUCAUCUCAUGUGAAUCCCCCUCACUUCCAGCACCAGGACAUGAGAGCAGAGAUCCAGAAGCUCCCAUUGGCCUUUUCAAAACCCCAGAGCUGUUGGUUCUCAGCCCCUUCCUCACCCUUCCAGCUGCAAACCACCUGCGAGUGAUGCUCUGCUGACUUCUCCACGUUGUGCUCUUGCAUAGCAGUGAGCAGAGUUCACCUUUGGGACCUCAGAGCUGCAUGAGGGCUUUUCGUGGCUCUGUUUUUCCAGAAGGCAGCAGCUCUUGUGACAUUUGGACUGGAGAGUGGAUGUGAAGGAAACCAGCCCGGUGCUCCCAGCCCCGUGGAGCUGAGCGGGUCUGGAACAGACACGUGGAGCGGUAGGAGAAGGCUGGGAGGGAUUUUCUUCAGGACUUUGGUGCGCUGUGAUAUUGAAUGGAAGUUGAUCUGUUGGGCUUUUUCUCCUACCCACCACCACGGAAGCGCUGCUGCUGUGUGCAGGCGUGCUGCCAUCCCUCAGAAUCACAGCAUCCUGAGUUGGAAGGGACCCACGAGGAUCAUCGAGUCCAACUCCUGACUCCACAGGACUUACCCAAAAGGAGCGUCCGCUGCUUCUCACGCUUCUUUCCCUCCCUCAUCAGCAUUAGUUGGCACAGGUGUGCAAAGCUGGAGGAGAACUUGGAGCGAAAUGGAGCUGGAGAGAGAAGCAGCUCACGUGGUUCACCUGGAGGAUUCUUUUCUGCACAUUUUUGUGGUUUCGAGUGAAAAGGAGAAAGAUUUGGGUGUCCUGGUUGGAAAUCUGAAGCUGUAUCUAUGUGCUGAGCUGUUUGUUACCUUUGCAUCCUUCUGCCCCAGAUCUGAGGAUGGAGGUGGGGAGGAGUGAGAUGAGUUUGAGGGACACUCAGCUCAACUCAAUGGAACACUCAACAGGAGACUCAGCUCAGUGUGAAGCUCAGCUCAGCGGGAGACUCAACACAGGACUCAGUUCAAUGGGAGUCUCAGCUCCGCUCGAUGGGAGACUGAGCAUGAGGCUCAGCUCAGUGGGGCUCUCAGCUCAAUUCAAGGGGAGGCUCAGCUCAAUGAAGACUCACCUCGACUCAAAGGGACGCUCAGCUCGGCUCAAUGGCAGCUCAGCUCAGUGAGUGACUCAGACUGGGUCGGGUCAGUGGGGCACUCGGCCCGACUCAAGGCUCAUCAUGAAGCUCAGCUCGUAGUGAGGCUCAGCUCAAUGGAAUCUCAGCUCAUCAUGAAGCUCAGCUCAGCUCAGCUCAUCGUGAGGCUCAGCUCAGUGGACACUCAGCUCCUUGGGAAGGAGCCGGAGCUGCCUCCCUCACUCGGGGAGCCCAGUGCUCCCCUGUUUGGUACUUGGAGGGGUGGAGGUGGGGGGGCUGCUGUGUAUUUGAUGCCAUUCUGUAACGGAGCCGUGGGGCAGCGGUAAAGUUUUGUACGGA